AUUAAAUCCUGACGACACUCCACACAGGCACAUCGCGCGAUGGCAGGACGGCCGCCAUCGUGGUGGGACCAAGUGCUGCUAUCGCACACAGGGUCAACGACCGAAGUGCGCCGGCGCCUGGACACGCUCUUCAUCGUACAUGCUGGCAUUGCGAUUGUCAUCGGCGGUAGCUGUCUCGUCCUCCCGCACUCCCUUGCCAUGUCGGCGCUUGGGGCGUCCGAGUACGGCCACCUCGUGCAUGAAGUCGUCCGUUUGUACGGCGCGUUGACGUUGGCACAGGGGUGGCUCGUGUGGAAGACGCGGCUCGUGGGUGAUGCACUGAUUCGCAAGACGUUCUGCCAAGCGUACUGCCUCUGUUUUCUCCUGCAAGCAGCUGCCCUUGUCCGCGCGCAGGUGUCGUCGCCCGAGAGUCACUCGGUGCUCAACUGGGUCAACAUCAUCGUGCUGGCUGCUCUCGGCGCCGCGUACGGGUACUUUGUCGUGUUCAAGACAAUCAAAGUGUUUGAAUUGCCAUAAACAUGAUCACGUGCUUUACGUGUCACUCGAGUUGUUCCUGGC